AUGGAGGCGGAUGGCGGCACCGGGGGCAGGGGCCGGGCGCUGGGCCGACUGCUGGAGGCAGUGCUGGCCAGCCGCGGCGAGGCCAACGCCGUGUUUGACAUCCUGGCCGCGCUGCAGGCUGAGCACCCGGAGGAGAUCCAGGAGGCCAUCCGCACAUGUAGCCGCCUGUUCGGGGCUCUGUUGGAGCGGGCGGAGCUGUUUGUGGGCCGGCUGCCCUCGGAGGAGGCGGUCAUGGCAGGGUCCCAGGGAGCCACCCGCAAGUACAAGGUGUGGAUGCGGCAUCGCUAUGUCAGCUGUUGCUGUCGCCUGGCGGAGCUGCUGGCCCACCCCUCCUUCCGGGUCCGGGAGCUGGCCCUUGGCACCCUCAUGAAGUUUGUGCAGCUAGAAGGCUCACACCCUCUGGAGAAACCCAAGUGGGAGGGUCACUAUCUGUUUCCUCGUGAGCUCUUCAAGCUGGUGUUAGAAGGCCUGCUGUCACCGGAGGAGGACCACGCCCUGCUCCUCUCCCAGUUCCAGGGCUACCUGGAGUAUGAUGACAUCCGCUACCAUACGAUGCAGGCGGCCACAGGCGUCAUGGCCAGGGUGACUGACGGACGAGCUGAGGUGCCGCUCACCUUCUGGAACAACGCCUUCACGCUGCUGUCUGCCGUGAGCCUGCCGCACCAAGAGGGUAGCUCCCCCAACUUCUUUGUGAAGCAUACAGGUCCAUCAGACAAGUGGAAGGUGGUUCAUCUGAAGGAGCACAGAAAAGCCUUCCAGCUCAUGUGGCUCAGCUUUCUCCAGUACAAGUUGCCCAUCAGCCUGUGUAAGAAGGUGCUGCUGACCAUGCAUGAGUCCAUUCUCCCGCACCUGGCGCAGCCCACGCUCAUGACGGACUUCCUGACCGGCGCCUACGACGUUGGAGGUGCCAUCAGCCUCUUGGCCUUGAACGGACUCUUCAUUCUCAUCCAUAAACACAACCUGGAGUACCCCGACUUCUACCAGAAGCUUUACAGCCUCUUGGACCCGUCUGUCUUCCACGUCAAAUACCGAGCCCGCUUCUUCCACUUGGCCGACCUGUUCCUGUCGUCCUCCCACCUCCCUGCCUACCUGGUGGCGGCUUUCGCCAAGCGCCUGUCUCGCCUGGCUCUGACAGCGCCCCCGGAGGCCCUACUGAUGGUGCUGCCGUUCAUCUGCAACCUGCUGCGCAGACACCCCGCCUGCCGGGUCCUUGUGCACCGCCCCCAGGGCCCUGAGCUCGAUGUGGACCCCUAUGACCCUGAGGAACAGGACCCCGCCAAGAGCCAUGCCCUCGAGAGCUCCCUGUGGGAGCUGCAGGCCCUGCAGAGGCACUACCACCCUGAGGUGUCCAAGGCUGCCAGCGUCAUCAACCAGGUGCUGUGCGUGCCGGAGGCCAGCAUUGCACCGCUGCUGGAGCUCACGCCCUAUGAGGUCUUCGAGCAGGACUUGAAAAAGAAGGUUCCGGAGCCAGUCCCGCUGGAGUUCAUCCCACCCGUGGGCCUCCUGGGCCGGCAGGGAGAACCCUGUGCCCAGUACUUCUCCCUCAGCUGA